GAGAGAGAUGUAUAUAUACAAAAUACUGAAAAACAGAGUCUUCUGGUGAAGAUAACAGAGAAAGAAAGAACCCUCUCAGACACAACCACUCUCUCUCUCUCACAACCUCUUUUCCACGAAAUUGCUCAUCUGGGUUUCCUUCAUUUUCCCGGAAAACUCAUCUGAACUUUCUCAUCUUUGGAGGGAAAGUUUGCUCUUUUUAUCUCAGAAGAGUUUGUUUGAGGUUGUGGUGGUGGUGGCUCUGCUACUGCCGCCAUAUAAUGCAACUUUUUAUCAACUUGUAAAUCACCGCAUCCUUGUUUUCUGGUUUUGUUCAACUUUUGGUGUUUGUUUCCCGGGAAAAAGAUAAAAGAAAACGAUAACUUGGAUGAUGUUUAUGUGAAGAAGAUCAAAUAAAGAGAGGAGCUUUUGUAUUAUCUACUGAUCUUGCUUUCUGGGUCAUUACUAAUUCAUUCAUAUGCAUCAUAAUCUGAGAGAAAAUUGAAUAGUUUUCACUCUUAUAUCUAUAGAUCUUAAAGAGAUGGAGAAGGAGGUGAAGAGCCAAAAAGGGUGUGCGGCGGCGACUGUCUCGGCAACGGCGACGGCGGCGGAGACUGACUUUGUGUUGCAGUGGGGUAAUCGAAAGAGGCUUAGAUGCGUGAAAGUGAAGAAAGACCAAAACUUGAAUGGGAAAUCAUCUCCAGAUUGUUUGGAUAGAAAGAAAAUCACUUCUCGUCUUAUAUCAUCAGCUAAAGAUUCUUCACCAUUACAGCAACGUCUCAACAAUAGGAGCUUGAAUUCUCCAAUGAACAACCGAAAAUCGGUGACAUCGCCGGAGAAGGAAGAUCGGUACUACACGACGAGGGGAUCAUUGGGAUUAGAUGAGAAUGGAAAGAUGUUGGGAUUGGAACAUCAUCCUCAUCAUCUUCAUCAUUUUGGUCAGACAGGAGAGAACAAAGCUAAGAUUGUUUGGCCGAAACUGUUUGUUUCGUUGUCAAGUAAAGAGAAAGAAGAGGAUUUCAUGGCUAUGAAAGGGUGUAAGCUUCCUCAAAGGCCUAAGAAAAGAGCCAAGUUUCUUCAAAAAAGCUUACUUUUAGUUAUGCCAGGUACAUGGCUAACAGAUUUGUGUCAAGAAAGGUAUGAAGUUAGGGAAAAGAAGGCUUCAAAGAAGAGACCUAGAGGAUUGAAGGCCAUGGGGAGUAUGGAAAGUGAUUCAGAAUGAGAAGUUGGGAGUUGAAGAUGUCUAAAGCUUUGGUUUUUAAUUUUUUUUUUAUUAGAAGAUAUCAAAACAUGAGAGGAAAAAAGAAAAAGAAUGAAAAAAAGGAUGGAAGAUAGAAAGAGAUUAUAAAUGUAGCCAAAAUCUCUCCUCUACUUAGGAGCAUUUUGAGGUUUGAGAAAUAAUAUUUGGAAAAAGAAAAAAAAAAUUGUAAUUUUCUUCUCCUAUUUUUGAUGUGUAAUAUGAUGAUACACUCUUCUCUCUUUAUUUUAUUCUUUAAUUUUCUGUUAUAA